GAAAAGCAGUCAAGGUAUAUAACGUCAGAACGAAUAUAUGUAACUAUAACAGUAUUAAAAUUAAUGUCGCACCCAGUGUAAGGAAAGCAGUCAAGGUAUAUAUAACGUCAGAACGAAUAUAUGUAACUAUAACAAUAUUAAAAUUAAUUUCGCACCCAGUGAUGGGUGGAUAAGUGCCGGAGCCGGAUAAGACACUGCGCGGUCGCAACGAGGAAACAUGUGACAAAGAUUGUAUGUCAAUUGCUGCAGUACAUCAAUAUCCAAGUUGCCCGUAUUCUCAAAUAGGUUGUAACGCGUCCGCUUUGCCGUCGCCUGAAUCGACUGAUGGCUGACCAUGAAGAACUGGAUCUCAUUGGAAUGGACAAUGGUGCGAUCGACGACGGUUCCCGGAACAACAUUGUUGAACUUAUUGUAUUGCGAUGGAGCUCCGUUCGGAAAGAAGUGCGUAUGAUGCCGGUUAACUACAAUGACGCAGCAAAUCUUGGGUUUGAUAUGCAUCUGAAAGGAAGCGAAGCAGGCCGCAGAAAUCCCCCUCAACUCUUCAUUCUUAAUUUUGGGAAACUGUCCAUCGCUGCCACCAUCACGAUAAUAGAUAAUGUGCUCGGGAUAGGAUAUGCGGAACUGAUGAUAGACACGCAAGUGCUCAAGAGCUACCGACUCCAUGUCCUCAAUCUCCUCCAAGGCAGAACGUUGCAAGCGAUAUUGCAUGUUAUAUGAAGCCCCGAAUGGAUCAUGGGAGGCGGCAACACCCACCACACUGGGGAUCUCACGCUGAUCUGGCGAUGGAUGAGUUACAUCAGCACCCAAGAACAUCGCAUUCUUUAGCAGACAGCGGGGGUCAUCCUUUAGCUUAUGAUUGAUGCCGUUUAGCUUGGAAUUGACCUUAAGUAGAACGUUAACGUAACGUUCUAAGUAGAACGUUAACGUAACGUUCUAAUUAAAGUUAAUUCCAAACUGAACGGCACCAAUCACAAGCUAAGGGAUGACCUGCACUGUCUGCUAAAGAACACCAUGUUUGUGGGUGAUGGUGUGACUCAUCCGUCGCCCGAUCAGCGAGAGAUCCCCAGAGUGGUGGGUGUUGCCGCCACCCAUGAUCCAUUCGGGGCUUCAUAUAGCUUGUGAUUGGUGCCGUUCAGUUUGGAAUUGACCUUAAGUAGAACGUUACCAAUAACCUGCGCGUUACAUUUACGCUCGACUGUGAUCUGCUUGAUGCAUUGUGUGAGAAUGCCAUCCUGCAGCUCAGCCUUUUACUUCACGACAUCAAAAAAGCGCCCGAAAUUUGGUAUAAUAACGAACACCAAAUCAAAUUGAUUUCGAAAAAAUGAGCAUCCAGUUCACGUUCAUCUUUGUAAUUCUGUUUCUCGUCCUUGGUAUCCAAUGGUGUAUGUGUAUCCAUGAAAAUUCUAAGCAAAAAACCAUUAAAAAUAGAUCUUAUUGUUUUUAUUUUCUAAC